AUGGUUAAAAGAAAGACGGUGGGUCGCAAGGCGCGCUGGCACGCCGAAGUCAACCUGAAGCGGCCCAAGGAGUACUGGGACUACGAGUCGCUGCAGGUGCAGUGGGGCGAGCAGGACGACUACCAGGUCGUGUGCAAGGUUGGACGCGGAAAGUACUCCGAGGUGUUUGAGGGGAUUCGGGUGAGCGACGGCAGCAAAGUGAUCAUCAAAAUCCUCAAGCCGGUCAAGAAGAAGAAGAUCAAGCGCGAGAUCAAGAUUCUGAUGAACCUCGCCGGCGGGACCAACAUCAUCCAGCUGCUCGACAUCGUGCGGGAUCCGCAGUCCAAGACGCCGUCGCUCAUCUUUGAGCACGUCAACAACACGGACUUCAAGGUCCUCUACCCCACGCUCACCGACUUUGACGUCCGCUUCUACAUCUUCGAGCUGCUCAAGGCGCGUGCGCCGCCUGCCGCCGCUCCUGCCGCGCGCCGGAGGGUGGAGGAGCCCGCGCGGCCGCGCCCGUGCGGGCACUUUGCCGCGCUGGAGCAUUCCCACUCGAACGGGAUCAUGCACCGGGACGUCAAGCCGCACAACGUGAUGAUCGACCACGAGAAGCGGCAGCUGCGGCUCAUCGACUGGGGCCUCGCCGAGUUUUACCACCCCGAGCGAGAGUUCAACGUGCGGGUCGCGUCGCGCUACUUCAAGGGGCCGGAGCUGCUGGUCGACCUGCAAGACUACGACUACUCCCUUGACAUGUGGUCGCUCGGCUGCAUGUUUGCGGGCAUGAUCUUUCGCAAGGAGCCCUUCUUCCACGGCCACGACAACUACGACCAGCUCGUCAAGAUCGCAAAGGCGUCCGCGCCGCCCGUCCUCGGCACCGACGAGCUCUUCGACUACCUCGACAAGUACAACCUCGAGCUCGACCCGCAACCCCCGACCGCCUGCUCGGCCGCCAGGCCGCACUUCGACGGCCUGCUCGGCCGCCACGCGCGCAAGAGCUGGCAAAAGUUCAUCAACGCCGAGAACCAGCACCUCGUCUCGCCAGAGAGCAUCGACUUGCUCGACCGGCUAUUGCGGUACGACCACCAGGAGAGGCCCUCGCCCGUCGAGGCGAUGGCGCACCCGUACUUUGCGCCCAUCAGAGAAUCGGCAAAGCACUAGAGCACGCUCCCUCUCUUUGUGCCGUCCAGCUGCUCUCGCCAUGCUCGUUCCCCCAGGGCCCCAUCCGCCCUCCGCCCCUCCGCCUCCCCUGCCAGACGGCGCCUGCCGCCGAAUACGUUCCACCAGGGAAGGCGCGCCAGGGGGGGGGGGGGGGGGCAUCUCCCUGGCACUCGAUCCGGCCCAGUCGGCAGCGCGGCGCCCGCGAAUGCGGGGCGCGAGGACCUGGGCUAGCCGGAUGUUGCCACUCCUACCCUGUUUCUGUUUACGCAUAAAGUACGCGUGUAUGCUUUCGGGGCCGUCGGUGUACGAGUACCACGCAUGCUCGGAGAAUAA